AUGGCGAAGACAAGAGGAGGAGGUCAAGUUGGUUCUCGUCGUAGUAGACGUAAGCAAGGCUUGGAGGUAGAAGAGAUAACACCACAAGUUGCUCCAGCAACAACACUAAAGGUGAAUAAGAAAAGAAAAGCAAAGAAAGUGGCUACGAGCAGUAGUACUAGAAACAAGAAAGUGGCUGCUCAAGAUGAUGAGGUAGAAGAUAUUACACCGCAAGAUAAUGUGGUUGAAGAUGUAAUACCGCAAGAUGAUGCUGUUGACAAUGUAACACCAUCAUCCAUGGAGGCUGAUCAGACUGAGAAAGCAAUGUCUGAAAAUGAGAAAGAAGAUUCUGAGAUAGAAGGAGAAGCUUGUUUGACUGGACAAGAACAGAAGGAGGAUGAAGAAGAAGCUCCGAAUAUUGACGAAGCUAUUGAGAUGGAAAAAGAUGGUGUUGGCAAUGGUCAAGAUAAUGCGAUUCCUAGCAACACUGAUGAAGGAAGUCAGGUUUCAGUUACUUUCAACGACUUUGGUGAUCAUGUUGGAUCUGGUUCAAUAACAUUAUCAUCUUUUCUUGGUGUCCUUGUGAGGGAACACGUCCCGGUUACAAUUUCUGAUUGGAGAAAAGUUGAUACAAUGACUAAACAAGCAAUGUGGGAAGAAAUUCAGGGGAGGUUUAACUUGCAAGAAAAAUGGCAGAGAGUUGUUAUUUUCAAGCAAAUGGGAAAUAUCUGGAGGGGUUGGAAGUCAAGGCUAUUGAGCAAGACUAACGCAGCUUUCAUGGAAAUAAGUGACAAGUACAGGAAGAUGAGACAAAAUCAGAUUCCUCACACCACCAGCCGCAAAGGAAUGCUUCGUUUAGCUGAUGAUAUGAAAAAAAAGAGUAAAGACCCAAGUAAGGUGACUAGGAGUAAGGUAUGGAUUGCGGGUCACACUCAUGCUAAUGGUAGACCUGUGAAGCCUCAAUUUGCCGAGACUAUUGAACAAAUACAAUCACUUGAUAGUGAAAUGGACUCUACAUCAGCUGUUGAUAACAUAAGGGAAGAUGCUGUGAGCAAGAUUUUGGGAAAAGACAAACCUGGACGAGUAAGGGGCUUUGGUAGAGGGAUUACGGCUACUAAGUUAGCAUUUUUGCAAUCUAGAGACGCAGAGAUGGCUGAAAUGAAAAGUGAGAUUGAAGAGUUAAAGGGCAUUGUCCGAGACUUAGCUGGAAAGAAGGUAAUCCAUUUCAUUACAUUUGGAGAUGUAGUUGUUGGUGAAGGGGAAUUCCGUUAUGCUGAACCGAUGUACAAAAUUGGUCGUAUACCAAUUGGUCCUAAUGCAAUGGCUGUCCUUGUUAAGUCUGCACUAAGCUCAGAAGCUUCUCUCUGGAGGCCUACAACAGAUGUGUUAUAUCUUGAGGAAGCUGUGGGAUGCAAAAUACCUUGGCCAAUGGACAAGGUGCUUUUGUAUAAGGAUCCAGUCGCUUCUGAAAAUGUAUCCAUGCAAAACAAGGAAGGUGAGACUCGAAGAUGCAAAAUAAAUGAUUGGACUAAUAAAGACGAUGAGGUUAUUGCUGAAGGUGUUGUGUGCUCAUCUAACUCCAAAGAGAAGGUUAACAAUAUACCUCUAGGUCCAAGUGCUGUUUGUAGAGAUUGCCGCAAUUUAUGCCAUCAGUCGGUAGAGGAAAUUGUUGAGCAUCUAGUGAUAAGGGGUAUGGAUAAGAAGUAUAAGACUUCUUGUUGGAGUAUUCAUGGUGAAAAAAGAGCAUCUACAGAAGACAGUGGUCGUCGACAUGAAACAGAGGCAUUUGACUUGUUUAAGACAGCAUUCUCUAUGAAUGAAGGUGAACCAAAUCAGACGAAUGGUGAUGAAGCAUUAGAGGCAAACGACGAUGAAGCAGUAGAGGAAACUCAGUUUAGGAAAAAGUUAAGAGAAGCUGAAACUCCAUUGUACUCUGAUUGUAUCAAAUACACAAAGGUUUCAGCAAUUAUGGGACUUUACAGAUUCAAGGUUAAGAGUGGUGUGUCAGAGAACUACUUUGAUCAGCUGUUGGAUUUAAUAAAGGACAUGCUACCUGAAGACAAUAAUGAUUGCAUUCUAUAUAGGAAGGAGUUUGAGAAGUUAGAUAGCUGUCCAAGAUGCAAAGUUUCAAGAUGGGAAAAGGAUAAGCACAGUAAUGAGAUAAAGGUUGGGAUUCCAACAAAGGUCCUUAGAUAUUUUCCAAUCAAGGACAGAUUUAGGAGGAUGUUUAGAUCAAACAAGAUGGCUGAAGAUUUGCGGUGGCACUAUACCAAUGGCACUGAAGAUGGUACAAUGCGACACCCGGUUGAUUCUAUAUCUUGGGCACAAGUGAAUGCUAAAUGGCCAGACUUUUCUGCUGAACCAAGGAAUCUUCGCCUUGGGAUUUCUACAGAUGGGAUGAACCCUUUCUCCAUGCAAAACACCAAUCACAGCACAUGGCCAGUGUUGUUGGUGAACUAUAACACGCCUCCGACUAUGUGUAUGAAGGCUGAGAAUAUAAUGUUGACUUUGUAG